AUUUGUAUUCAAACGAAAGGGAAUUCAUACUACAUUUCUUUGUCUUCAAAAUGAUUUGGUCAAUUCUAAUUACACUCAUGGUUCCAUCUGUUGUUCUCGCAAGACCGCCCAAUUGCGCUAAUAUAGUUUUUGAUAAAUGUGGACAGCACGACGCCAUUAGAACUAACCCAAAUGAGCAAACUUGCGAAACUUGGAACAAAUGUGACGAUGAUCAAAAACGCUGUGUCGACAAGACAAAAGAAGUUAUUUACACUGACCAAAUAUGUUACCAAUUUUGGACACCGUCUAGGGAUUAUAUUACAUGGUGCCAAUCAGCAUGUGGAAUACCCCAUGUACUCGCAAGUAAUCCCACUGAAGAAGUGUGUGAAAAAUGGAAUAAAUGUGACGAUGUCAAAAGACAAUGUGCCGCAGCAGGAGGAAAUUACUACGCAGGCGCUAACUUUCAGUGUAGCAAAUACACACCUGCACCCACGGUAACUUCUACCACAGUUGUCGACACAUCUGAGAGCAGUACUUCGCAAUCUACCACCACUCCAAGUACAACCACAACCAUCAUUGUUUCGUCUACUACCACAACAAACCCAACUACCUCCACAACCCCCACAACCCCCACAACCACAACCCCCACAACCUCCACAACCACAACAGCGCGCGGAACCACUGAUAUUCCCGCACCUCCAUCAGUUGUGGAAAAAUGGUGCAUGAAAAAAUUACAAAAAAACAAUGCACAAUUUACUAUUGAUUUUAUCGAGGAAGCCGAAAGUGACGAGGGUACGAAUGCGGAACUAUGUAUAUACCUUAAUCGCGCAGGUUUCAAGUUGAGGUUGGAAGAUUUAACAGAGUAUUGUGGAAAGCAGCAAUCAGAUGCAUUUAAGGAGUAUGUGGAGAACCGGAAAAGAAAUCGAAACUGCGACUUAUACCGUUAAGAAUAACCUUCUUUUUGAUUUUGACACGCUAUCAAUAAAUGCAGUUUCCGCACUGUGAUCAGUCCUCAUAAGGCUUAUUUUGGAACACUGAACACGUGCUGCUUCUCUCUAACUCUUAAAUUUUGUCUUUACUUGCUCUGUUUUGCAUUCUAUCAAUAAAUGCUUUGCAAACCAAA